UUAUGCACUGCAUUCAUCCUCACUGCUAUUCCUCCUGCUGCUGUAAAGGGAUACACAUCUCACUUUAGCAGCAACCAUGUGGAAGUUUACAAGAAAACUCACUUUUCCUUGGCAGAAGGGAGAGUCCACUGAGAAUGAGACCAGUCCACUCCUGCCAAAGGCAGGUCCAUCAAAUGGGAAUAUUGAUACUCAAGACAACACAGACCAAGAAAGAACUAAUAAUGAACAGAAUAUCAGAAACACAAAAAUUCAACCCUUUUAUCAAUACUCUGCAAUGGACUACAUUUUGAAAUAUUUUCUUUUCUUUUGCAACCUUCUGUUCACUGUCCUCGGCCUUAUUGUGCUUGGCUUGGGCAUGUGGGGCCUCAUAAGUAAAGAGUCAUUUGCUCAAGAGAAGAUCGGAGGCAUUGGAAUGGACCCCAUGUUGGUGUUAGUUUCUGUAGGGCUCCUGCUGUUCAUGCUUUGUUUUACUGGAUGUGUGGGUGCUCUAAGGGAAAACAGCUGCUUACUCAAGGUCUUUUCUGCAGUGGUUUUGACCCUCAUCACAGCUCAGGUGGUGGUGGCCAUUUUAGCAUACAGUCUACAGGAUCAGAUUGGGGACUACAUGCGGUCCGGGAUGUUGGCAGCUAUGGUGCGGUACCAGGACGAUCUGGAUUUGAGAUUCAUAGUGGAUGAGAUACAGAGCAACUUGCAGUGCUGUGGUGCAGACAUCUACCGUGACUGGGAGGUCAACAUAUAUUACAACUGCUCUGCUCCCGGGGUGCUGGCCUGCGGCGUACCUGCGACCUGCUGUGUGGACCCUCUGGACAACGGAACGGUGUGGAACUCUCAGUGUGGGGUGGGGGCGCAGACGCUGGACGAGUUCACGGCCCAGAGCGUGGUGUUCCUGGGGGGGUGUCUUGGAGGCAUAUCCCGCUGGAUCGAACAACAUGAAGGCAUAAUCGGGACUGUGGCCAUUGUGGUAUUGGGAGUCCAAAUGGUGGCUCUGUUUAUCACUACACGACUGAUAGAGAGUAUACACUGGCACAAGUCCUAUGCAAGGAACUAUCACAUGCCAGGAUUGUGA